UUAGAACACAACCCAUGUAUGACGUACUCCUUAAGUCCUGACAAUCACCUUGAAGAUGGAAUUAUGAAUAUGGCAAAUUUUCUACGGGGUUUUGAAGAAAAGGGGAUAAAGAACGACAGGCCUGAGGACCAGUUGAGUAAAGAGAAAAAGAAAAUACUGUUCUCCUUUUGUGAGGUGUGCAACAUCCAGCUGAACUCGGCAGCCCAGGCUCAAGUCCAUUACAAUGGCAAGUCCCAUCGCAAACGAGUAAAGCAGCUGAGUGAUGGACAGCCCCUGCCGCCAGCUCAGGGCUUGGGGCCACUUCUGGCCAGCCCCAGCACCAACACCAGCGCAGGCAGUACAUGCCACACUACCGCCCUUCCUGCUCUUGUGCGCACACCUACCCUGAUGGUGCAGCCUUCCUUGGAUAUCAAACCAUUCAUGUCUUUUCCAGUGGACAGUAGUUCUGCUGUUGGGCUCUUUCCAAAUUUUAACACAAUGGAUCCUGUGCAAAAAGCAGUCAUUAACCAUACAUUUGGGGUAUCCAUUCCCCCGAAGAAGAAACAAGUUAUUUCCUGUAAUGUGUGUCAACUUCGCUUUAACUCCGAUAGCCAGGCCGAGGCCCACUACAAAGGAAGUAAACAUGCCAAGAAGGUCAAAGCACUAGAGGCAACGAAAAAUAAACCCAAAAUGGUUUCUUCCAAGGACAGCGCAAAGGCUAAUCCCAGCUGCUCCAUCACUCCAAUCACAGGCAACAGCUCUGACAAAUCAGAAGACAAAGGAAAGUUAAAAGCCAACAAUUCCAGCCAGCUGCCCAGCUCUGAAGGGGGCUCAUUUCUCCUUAAAUCUGGCACAACACCCUUACCGCCUGGUGCGGCUGUGUCUCCUUCCAAGAGUACAAAUGGAGCUACCAGUACUGUUACUGAAUCAGAAGAGGAAAAAGCCAAAAAGUUACUCUACUGCUCACUAUGCAAAGUGGCCGUGAACUCCCUGUCACAGCUAGAGGCACACAACACAGGAUCUAAACACAAGACCAUGGUUGAAGCUCGUAAUGGGGCUGGUCCAAUUAAGUCCUAUCCUAGACCAGGAUCAAGAUUAAAGAUGCAAAAUGGCAAUAAGGGGUCAGGACUACAGAACAAGACAUUUCAUUGUGAGAUCUGUGAUGUUCAUGUUAAUUCAGAAAUUCAACUCAAACAGCACAUUUCUAGCCGAAGGCAUAAAGAUCGAGUUGCAGGAAAACCAUUGAAGCCAAAAUACAGCCCGUACAACAAACUGCAGCGGAGCCCAAGCAUUUUAGCAGCAAAACUUGCAUUCCAGAAAGAUAUGAUGAAGCCUUUGGCCCCAGCCUUCCUGUCCUCCCCACUGGCGGCUGCAGCAGCUGUAUCCUCUGCACUGUCACUCCCACCCCGGCCAUCCGCCUCACUCUUCCAGGCACCAGCCAUCCCUCCAGCUCUUCUGAGGCCAGGACAUGGGCCCAUCCGCGCCACUCCUGCCUCCAUCCUCUUUGCUCCAUACUAACAUCAGCAAGGCCCUCAGAGGGUAGAGGCUAGUAGGAAAGCUGAGAGGGAAAGCCAAAAGGAUUCAGCAAUUUUAGCAUUUGUGUUGCAGUACCCUCACCCAACCACAGAAUGCAGUAUACCACCCUGAGCCCCAACUCCAAAGAAAAACUACUCACUAGAUUCAAGAGUGCUUUUACGGACCGCUCCUGUAAUUUAGGCAUCUGAGCAGCCUAGGCUUUCUCUCCCUACUCACCCAGCAGACCCCAUUCAAUUUGUGUAUCUGAGAUACUUGGUUUCUUGAAGCUGUAUCAGUUAGAGAUUUUAAAAAAGAAAGUUAUUUUCUAUUUUUCCAUGGGUGUGAUCUGGCUUAAAAACAUAAAUUACGGAAUAUUUUCCUGACAGACUUGAAAACUAGGAUCUUCCUCAGAUGUCUGUAAAUAACUCUAGAAUCCAACUGGGCAUAUUCUAGUGCAGAACAAAAAUAGAUGAACGCAAGUGCUUACUCGUGGGUACCAUCUUACCAACGGAUCACGUCUUCUUUUUUGGUGUACUAUUGUUGACAGGGAUUGUGUACUGUUUUAGACCUAAGUACUGUUGUAUCCUGUGUAGUACUAGCUCUGUAUUUCUUGUCUGAAUUAAAUAUUUUUAGUUGCUGUGUAAAUGUUAGGAAGCAAAACAGCUUUGAAUUUUCUCUUUCAGAGAGCAAAAAUAAUGUAUUUUCUUUAUUUCACAUUUUAUUUGGAGAUAUUUAAACAAAAUAGAAAGCCAUAUAACAUAGCUAUAAUUACAACCUCUUUGCUAUUUUUGUUUAACUUAUUUUGUAGCUUCCUUACUGGUUUGAGUUGCUAAGCAAAUAUAUACAAACAGAAAAAGAGCUUCCUAAAUUGUACAUUUUGGCACCUCUUGUGCAUUCUGCAAGAAGACAAUGAAUCCAUGUAUUUCUACGUAAUGAUCUCCUUCAUUUUUAACCUGUUUUCAUUCGUAAUGAUGCUACAUAACUUUGUGGCUCCCUAAUGCAAUAAUGUACAGAAGAUUAAAAAUAUAUAUAUUGAACAUUUUGUCUCUCUGUUCACUGAAUAUGUUGCAGGUCAUGCUCCCAUGCCCCCCUUUCUGAGCUGAUUACCAACAAGACCGGAAUGUUUGCGAUAUCAGGGGCAAGAGGUAUCAUAAAACAAUAAAACAGAGUGAACUCUUUUAGAGCAUCUAUAUCUGCAAUCUGUAAAUGGUAAAAUGUCUGUGUAUUUUUUUAAAUGUACCUUUUCAAUAAAAGUCCAAAAAA